AUGGCUCCUCACCAUGUACUCCAGUGUACUAUCCCCUCCGUCUCACCAGAUACUAGCAGAAGGGAUUCGCUCUACCAUCGAUCAAGUGCUUUCUCUUUGAAUCCUGAUUGCACGAUCCUAGUGUACCCGGCGAAGAAAGAUUCAUGGUAUUGUUCGUCGGUCGACCAUCCGGGUUUGAAAGAAAGAAGUGAUGUACGCCGUGAGAAACUGGCAAGCCUGUUAAGGAGCUGGUAUCGAAGAUCUCUCAAAGUAUCAGUCAAGUCUUAUAUAGUUAGUUCUUCCCAGCGAGGUCAAGCCGAGCUAUCAUGGGUUUCUUGGUUGGUACUUCCGCCAAUCUACGGGGUUUUCGCCCUCCUCAUACAGAAAGCGAUGCCCUUUCACUCAGGAUUUCUCUUAUCGUUCGGAGUUUGGAGAGGCAGAGCCGAGGCGAGUCAAGUCGUUCAGUUCCUAGGUCUUAAGCGACAGCUGAGAAAGAAGGCACUAACAGGCAUUUCAGGGAAGAAGACGAGCAAUGAAACUUUCCUCCCAGGCAGUGGGGAGAGAGGAGAUUCGAUGAACACUAAGAGGGUCGCAGUAGUGAGCCCCUCUGGAUCGGGUUUUUCCGGAGAUGAACUCCAGGACCACGAAAGCAUCAGUCGAAGUGGAUCCGUACUUAAGCCUCCCCACCCUCGGGUGGUUAUUUCCGCGCCUGGUCCGCUUAAACCGCCGAGCUACCUCAUGAAGUUGAAGACCUCUUUGGGGCAUAGCCAAGGCUUCGACCAUAGGAAAGUGGUUUCGGCCAUCGCAGGUUUGAAUCCUGCUGCUCCCGUAGCCAGCUGCUCCUUGCCCUCAGCUUUUAUUGUUAUCGAUGAGCCGACACCUGGAUGCCUUGCUUACCUGCCCCAGCUCUUAUGUCUUAGGCCCUUUAGGCCGAUUUAA